AAGGUUCAGGUAUCGUAUUAUACUCAUAUGUUAUGAUGAUAUUUAUUUCAGUGGAAUAUUCUUGAAGCAAAACAAACAUGAGUCAAAAGCUUCGCAUAUAUGUUCAUGUGAAUCCUUUGAAUGUGUUGGAAACCAAUCAAAAUAUUUCACUUAAUGUUCAGGAUGACACAAGUUGGUCUGAUGUAUGUGGACUAAUCAAAGAAAAAGUAAACAAUUCCUUCACCAAAUCACUUGCAUUCCAAUACUUGGAUGAAGAUGCUGACUACAUUUCUGGGUGUACUGAAGAUGAAUGGAAAGAGGCAAUAGCAGCUUGUAGUACAAGGUCGAGAGAUGAGUUGAUAUUACACAUCGAAGCAGUUUCCACUGAUAGUGUUGCAGAACAAUCAGCAAAUAUCAAACCUGACUGCUGCUUCCGUGACCCUUGGUGUUGUUAUGAGAGACCUAUGCCUGAUAAUCAGAUUAUUGAUGGACCUGUUCCAGAAAGAAAAGUGAAUCCCCAAAGUUCUUCCUACAAAUAUGCUGACGAGGCACUUAGAGCUGUUACUCUUCCACUUGGACCAAUAGGAGGUGGAAGUAUUGCCCUAGCAGGAGAUGGUGGAUUGCGUGAAUGGCAAGUAGUCAAUGAAGUUUGUCACCUCGCUCAUGUACCUAACUCCUUCUUUGCAAUCAAAGUUGAGGAUGAAUCUACCAAUGCUGCAAACUCUGUAGUUCUUCAAUCAAACAUGUGGUACGAUGAAUCUGGUUUUCAUCCUGCACCUAUUGUGCAAGAUCAUAUUGUACCAGAGGCGUCCAAGGAGCUCCUGAAAACACUUCCUGGUGUAAAAACAAUUGAAGUGACAGCUAAAUAUCCGAUUGCUGAAGUUGACGUAACAAGCACUGAGGUUCCUGUCCAGGUUCAUCUUGAAGCAUUCAAUCCUUGUAUUCCAUUGAAUGCAAAUGACAGCGCUAUACCGAUGAUCAUUUUCAACUACACUGUCACCAAUCCGUCUGAUAAGCCAGUGAAGGUAACAAUGUUGACUUCACUUUUGAAUUUCAUUGGCUGGGAUGGUCUGUCAACCAUUGAAACUGAUAAUAUGCCUAACACUCCUGGCGGGAAUCAAAACACUCUGUACUCAUAUGGAGGAAACAUAAAUGCCGCUGAGGUUCCUGAAUAUAAAGAAAUAAGUGGGUACUAUGGUAUUUACAUGAACAACAUUGAAAUGGAUGAUAAACGUAGUACGAAUGGAGAAUUAUCUAUCGGAGUGUUCCAUAAAGAUGAGGAUGUCAAGUCGUGUCUGUUGCAAUUUACUGAUGUGAAGGGAAUGUGGGAGGAUUUCACGUCACCAACUGGACUGUCAGGAGGACAAGGGCAAAAUGGACCAUCUGACAAAUUAAAAACAUGGAUUGGAGCACUUAGUUGUCGCAGAGAAAUUCAAGCAGGGGCAAGCGAGACUUUCACCUUUCUUUUAUCAUGGCAUUUUCCGUACAGAUAUUGCAAGUGGGGUGAAUGGGGACCUGUAACUGAUUCAAAAAGUUUUUAUUAUUUGGGGAAUUACUACAACAAGCUGUGGCCAAAUGUAAAAGAGGUCAUAUCGCACACUGGUCAAAACAUUGGAAGUUUCACAACAAUGACGCGACAGUUUCGUGACGCGAUGUUUGAAUCGUCAUUACCAUGGCAAUUAAUUGACAGUGCAGCGGGACGAGUUUCUGUACCGAGAACUCCGACAUUCAUGUGGUUAGAGGAUUCCUAUUUGUACUGUUUUGAAGGUUGUCAUCCUAACCAAGGUUGUUGCCCAAUGAACUGCACUCAUGUCUUGAAUUAUGAAAUGGCUCUUUCAAGAUGUUUUCCUGACCUUGAACGAAGAAUGAGAAACAUCGAUCUUCUUUACAAUAUUGCGCCAAACGCUAUCAUGCCCAGCCGUACAACAAUGCCUUUGUUAGUCAAGCGGGAGUGGGAGGACUGGGACUGGUGUAAUAAAGAUGACCCUGUUGAUUUAUCAUCAACCAGAAUUUGUCUUGAUGGGGAUCUGGGAACUGUCCUGAAGACUUACCGUGAGAUUCGUCAAAUUGCUCCUCAAGAUUUCGUUGACAAAGUCUGGCCAAAAAUCAAAGCAAUGAUGGAGCGCUAUAUGAAUAAAUUGGACAGCAAAAAACAAGGUCUGUUAACUGGCGCCCAACCAUGCACUUAUGAUCGUGGAACUUAUGGAAUAGAUACAUUCAUUGGAUGUUUGUACCUGUGUGCAUUAAGGGCCGCAGAGGAGAUGGCAAAAUUGAUGGGCGAAGAUGACCUUGCUCAAAUUUAUCAUCAGCGCUUCCAGAUUGGUUCCAACAAUCUUGAUCAAUAUUGCUUCUCAAAUGGAAAGUGGUACACGCAGGUUACCCCCCAGUCACAUCCAGAAGAAUCACUGGGUUGUGCUACAUUUGUUGAUGCGCUGCUCGGUCAAUGGUGGGCUUAUUCCCUUGGCCUUGGUCCUCUGCUUCCUCGAGACCACAUACAGUCCCAUUUAAGCUGGGUGUUUAAACGAAACCACGUUGACUCUUUUGACUUUGUACAGUUGCCAAGACAAUAUUUUGAUGCCCGCGAUAAAGGACUUCACAUGGCGUAUUGGGAUGUUAAAGCUGGCGAGGAAAUUCCCAAGGUGCCCUUGAUGUACAGUCUUGAGGGUGCAUGGUCUGGAAUGGAGCAUUCGUUUGCAGGAUUGUUGCUCUAUGAAAACUUCAAUGCUACUGGUUUUCAGGUUGUCGAAGAAUGUCGUGAGAAAUAUGAUGGAACAAGACGAAGUCCUUGGAAUGAAAUCGAAUGUGGUGAUCACUAUGCUCGAGCAAUGGCGGCAUUUCUCUAUUUUGAAAUCGGUGCAGGAAUGACAUGGGACAUUCUUGCUAUUGGUGAAAAAGCACUAAGACUCAACUUUGCUCCAAUAUGCAAUCAAGAUAAGUUCAAAAGUUUCUUUAUUGUUGGGUCUGGUUGGGGAACAUAUAGUCAGACAAUCAGCAAUACUGCAGAUGUUCAGCUUUCUGUCUUGUUUGGAGAGGUUGACAUUGUAACACUGGGACUUGUUAUGAACUUCACAUCAGCCAAAGCAGAAAUUGAUGGCAAAGAAAUCAAGACAACUCUUACUAAGGAAAAGGAUAAAAUAAUCCUGAGUUUUCCCGACGCUCUUGUGAAAUCAUUCGCGAAAUCCGUGGAAACCGUGCUGGUAGUAACAGCUGGUCAAACACUACAAAUUACGCUAUCUUAACAUAACAAUGUUUUGGGACCUUGCUAAUUUCCGAGUGCUGAAGUUUUCAAGAUGCUUGAUUUGAAUGCAGUAUAGAAAUGGGACAGAGAAUAUUUUUAUAAUAAUAAUUCAUUUCAAAAUGUUUCUGUAAAAAUAAUGAGCAUAAUUAUAAGACUAAAUUUUCGGCUACUGGUCUGUAAGUUGGUCUGUAAGUAAUUGCACUUAAUUAAAGCGUUCUCAGAACAAUAGAAUCGGUUCAAAAUAUCAAAAUAUAUUUAAUUCGGUUACUUAUGGUCGUGGGUGUAUUUAAUUUAAGGCACUGUUACACUAUGCAAUUUUGUUUGCAACUUGCAAUGCAAUUGUAAUUUUGAGAGAUGUUAUGUAAUUAGUAAGAGUACUCGAAAUGUUAAGUCAGCAGAGCCACAGAAUACCAUCAAAAAGACUGCAUGUAAUGUUGUAUUUGCCAACUUUUUAGACCUGGAGAUGUUUCAAACGUAGAAUUGCAUUGUAAGUUGCACAAACAAUUGCCUAGUGUAACAGCGUCUUUAUGCCUAAAAGUUGUAAUAAAGCACAAAUAAAGUGCGAUUUUCUACAUUAUUUUAAA